AUGCAUCUCAGAUUUUUGUUCACCUUCGCCUUCACUUGCAUUGCAGAACUGCAUAGUGCAGAUAUAUGUGCAUAUUGUCACUGCGACCAGCAGACAGCAACAGCUACAUGCACUGGACGACAUGUUUUAUUGCGGUCCAUUCUCCUUCCAACAUGGGUUUAUCAUUUACACUUUUCUCGUUUAUCUUUAAGGCAUUUACCACAUUUUGCAUACAAUGCAAAACUUAAAACUCUUAGAAUCAACCGUUGUGGAUUAACGCAUAUUCAUCCACACUCAUUAAACUCAUUACCAGCUCUUGAAAUAUUAGAUCUCUCCGAUAAUUUACUUACUGAAUUGCCUAAAAAAUGUUUGUACGAGAUAAAAAAUUUAAAAAUACUGAACCUUGCGCAUAAUAAAUUUCGAAAUUUGCAUCAAAUCACUGAUAUAUUGUUUCCGCAUCAUAUCCUUGACCAACUAAAUUUUAAUGCUAAUCCGAUCGAAGUUUGCUUUAGUGGCGUACGAAUACCACUCACGCGUCAGCUUUUUUUUGCUGAUUCCAAUAUACAUUUUAUUAAUGCCACAUCCAUAAUAUUUACGGCAAGCGAGCAAUGUUUUGUGGAUGUCAACUGUAGGAUACUUGAAAUGAGUGAGCAACAUUGGACAACUCUAAGAACGCUUGAUGUUUCAUCACAACUACAGUUAAGUGUUCACUCGUCAGCCUUAAAAGUAUUCACUAAUUUAACGAUGCUGAACUUAAAUCAAGCGCGAUUACCUGAUUUAUUUGCUUCAUGGUUAAUGAAUUCAGCACAAGUCAGUUAUCUGAAUCUUAGUCAUGCAUUAAUCCUGAAUAUGGAAGAGAACUGGAGAUACUGUUCAGAAUAUCUUCAAUGGUUAGAUAUAUCCUAUAUGAAUCUCAAGGAAUUAUAUAUUAAUGGAUCUUGUAAUUUAAGGUAUUUAAAAGCCACCGAUAAUGCACUUCAUAAAGUGGUAAUAGCAACUACUUCAUUACAAUCACUUUUCCUAGAUCGAAACAAUCUGACAUCAUGGAUUACAUUGCCACCUGGCAUAGCCUUAAGCCAACUGCAAACUUUUUCAAUUUCCAGUAAUAAAAUAGCUUUUUUGCCAGAUGGCUCUGUGACACAUUAUCCUCAGUUGCAACACCUUGACUUAUCGAAAAAUUUAAUAUCAAAUCUUUCAUCGCGAUCAUUUCCAUCAGUUGGAAUGCAGAUUCGUUCACUAAACAUUUCCCAUAACAGGCUGAAGUCAUUUGUGCAUCCAGUUUUACCUUCAUUGAUACUUCUCGAUUUAUCAUAUAACGAGCUCACCGAUCUUGAUCCACAUCUUCUAAAGGGAUUACCAAUGCUUCAGUAUUUCUAUUUGACACAUAACAGAAGAAUAUUUUCGCGUUGCAAUUCGUUUUGUUGGUUAUCAUCAUUAGAUCAGUUAUUCAAUCUCAUUGACUUGGAUCUUUCCAGUUGUAGGCUGGACUUUGUUCCUAAUUUAAGUCAAUUUCCAGCGUUACGUAGGCUUGAUUUAUCCAGAAACAAUAUUUAUUUGUUGGAUGCUUCAUUAUUACCAAAAAAUUUAAUAAGUCUAGAUGCAAGUAAUAAUCAUAUUCAUUCAAUUGCCAAUUUCACCACCAUGAGAUUAAAAAAUUUGAAGGAUUUAAAUUUAGCGAAAAAUCCACUAAACUGUGAAUGCAAACUUAGUGAACUGAUAUAUUUAUUCAGCAAUGAUACAUAUUAUAAAUCCGAUUAUUAUUACUGUUUUUAUGGUACUUGGAAGUAUUCACUGCAAUUUUAUGUGAAAAAUAUGCAACUCUGUACGUCAUCGUCGAAAUUUUUACCUACUUUUCUAUAUUUUGUGCUAUUUCUAAUUGGUCUUAUUGGAGCAAUUAUCAUAAUCCUUGGAGCGUCGAAAACAUUUUUGAAACGUUCUAUAAAUUGUCUGCCAGUCUCAUUCACAUAUCGGCCAUUAACCUCAAAUGAAACAGCUGUCGCAGAUCUAUAG